AAUGGCCGAAAAAAAACAUGUGCGCCAACAGUGUGCGGGCGCACACGCUAACUUUACGUUUUAGAUGUUUCUAAACUUCAUGGCUUCCGAAAACCCAAAGUGAUCCAAGUGGAGUGACUAAAUCCAAGUGAACGCGCAGUUUCAACAAAAUGCCUCACAGGAAGAAGAAAGCGUUCAUACACAAGAAGAACGCCGUGUCCUUCCAUCUGGUGCACAGGAGUCAGAAGGACCCACUGGCAGCGGAUGAGAAGGCACCUCAAUAUGUUCUCUUACCCGCCGUGCAGGUGGAGGUGGAGAAGAGGAAGGAAGAGCAGAGAAAGUAUGGCGUGUUUUUCGACGACGACUACGACUACCUUCAGCACCUCAGAGAGACGUCACAGGCUGCUGAGCUGGUCUCUGCCUCCCGACCUCACCGUGACGCACGACCUCUGACCUCUGAGGAGGAGGACUAUGAUGGAGAGGAAGAGGUCCUCGCGAUUCCCGUGGCCUCCAUUAAGCUGCCGUCAUCCGUGUUUGCCUCCGAGUUUGAGGAGGAGGUGGGUUUGUUAAACAAAGCAGCCCCCGUGUCUGGCCCCCGGCUGGACAUGGACCCCGACAUUGUGGCGGCACUGGACGAGGACUUUGACUUCGAUGACCCUGAAAACUUCCUGGAGGACGACUUCGUCAUAAAGGCCAAUGACAUCUUGUCCGGAGAUGGCAACGUUGGUGACGAGGGUGGAGAUGAGGAGGAGUGGGAGUCCACGGACGAGGGCCAGAGCGCGGAGGAGGAAGAGCGGAACUACGGCUCGGCAGGCGGCCUGUCGGAGGAUGAUGGCGAUGGGAAGGAAGAGGGUGGCAGGCGACGGUUUGCGUUUAUGGAGUGUGAAACGAGGAGCCGCUUCUCCGACUACUCCCUGACCUCCUCAGUCAUGAGACGUAACGAGCAGCUCACCCUGCUCGAUGACCGCUUCGAAAAGUUCUACGAGCAGUUUGACGAUGACGAGAUAGGCGCUCUGGACAACGCCGAGGUGGAGGGCUUUAUUGACCCGGACAGCAUGCGCCUGGCCGAGGUCAUCCAGGACUACUUCAAGCAGAAGGAGAGAGAGUUCCAGAAGCCGCAACAGUUGGGUCCUCCCGAGCUGCCCUCACUCAAGGAGGAAGAGGAUGGUGAGGAUGAAGAGCAAGACAUGGAAACGCUGGUUAUAGACGAGCAGUCUGCUGAGAAAUGGGACUGUGAGACCAUCAUUAGCACUUACUCAAAUCUCUACAAUCAUCCAAAGCUGAUCAAGGAUCCACCCAAGCAGCAGCCUAAGCGGAUCCUUGUGUCCAGUAAGACGGGGAUUCCCCUGGACGUGUUGCCUAAGAAGGGGCUGACGGCGCGGCAGGCGGAGCGCAUGGAGCGCAUCGAUGCCUCCGACCUUCCCCGCGUCUCCACCCAGCUGCGCUCGCGGCAAGAGAGCACGGAGGAGCGCAAACACAGGAAGCAGGCCAUUAAAGAUGAGCGGAAGGAGAGACGGGCAGAGAAGAAGAGCAACAAACUGGCGUUUAAGCAAGAGAAGCAGACGCAGGAGAAGCAGAUGUUGAGCCUCAGGACUCACGUUCAGGGCCUGAAGCUCUCCUAGCUCCGGCACCUGAACUGUCGCCGAGCAAAUCCACACUGGCCAAGACCCUCGCUGCUGUCUCCGUUGCUAAGGGAGACGAAAGCUCCCUAAACGCUCGCCCAGGAUGGUGUCAGAGACUCUUCACUCCCUGUGGUUUUUGUGUGUGUGUGUGUGUGUGCUCCUUCACUGAAGAUGCAUGAUGUUUCUGUUAAUGGAGGAUAAUUGUUAUACAAUAAUUGAAAAAUUGUUAAUGAAUUAAAUCUUUGGACUGCAUCUCCUCCAGGGCUUAUGCCAUUUUACCCUUUGCGCUUUUCCUGAUGGAACUUGACUCGGGUGAUUUAGAAACAUAUCCAGGCCAUGUGAAAUGGUGGUUACCUCAUAUUACGCUGCAGAUGCAGCUGCUUCUGAUAUUCUAGGAGGAGAAACCAGUUUGUCCACAACAGUAGAUGUUUAUCAUAACAGAUCUGAGAGUGCAGAUCAGUUCUUUCACGUUACCUAACUACAUCAGUACCAUAGCAGCCAUCAAUAAACAUAUGUUCUCAACAAACAGGACGCUUCAACUUGUUACAAACAUCAAAAUAUUUUAAUGUUAAUGGACACUGCGUCCUGUUUCUCUGGACACCAUGUGUACUUGAUUGCAAUUUUAACUGCCUCCAUCUUUGAUGACUGCAGGUACGCUGUAGUUACGCUCCUAGGAUCCAUUAACAUGCAUCUACUUUUCGGAGCAUAAACCGCUGUCAUCUCGUAGAACCCGGUUGCUGGGGGUCACGCCCCUCCGUUUCCUGAUUAAAGAGCCAAGGUUGUGAGGGAAGGCUCCACGACUUCGCUGCUUCAACAUGUUGGAGGAUGGUACGCAGGUCUGGAUCUAAGACUGCUUUCUUCAACCCAUGAAGAGACUCGUGUUUGUGCUUCAGGCUGCUGUCCAUCACAUUUAACAUCUGGACACCUUCAAGCUUGUGCGUUUUUGCUUUGUAAAUGUGAGGUUGCAUCUACUUGGAUUUAUUUAUUUUAUUUUUUUUACUUCCCUUUUGUAAGUUUAGUCAGAAUAGUGUUAGCUGGUUGGGGUAAGACUUCUUUCUAUGGCUUUUUUUUUUUUGUUCUUUGGGUAGAAGGGUUUAUUUAGAUUUUCUAAGUAUAUGUUCUUGGUAUCUAGUAAUUUAGUCAGUCAGCUUACAUUUGAGAUGCUGACGUGGUUUCUAAGCAGUUGUGGUCGUGUUGAGGCCUUUGCUAAGCAGUGUGUUUGGUACCAAAGCCGUGUUUGUGUCUGUGUCAAAUAAAUAUAUAGCGCACAAUUUUUAAA